AUGGAGAGCAUCUCAAAAAAAAAAAUGUAUAUUUUAGGAAUGGAAGGAAGCGCUAAUAAGUUAGGAAUAAGCAUAAUAGAUGAAGAAAUGAAUAUACUUGUAAAUAUGAGAAGAACAUAUGUAUCAGAAAUAGGGUGUGGUUUUAUUCCCAGAGAAAUAAAUGCUCAUCAUAAAUAUUAUAUAAUUGAUAUGAUAAAAGAUUGCUUAAAUAAAUUAAAAAUAAAAAUAACAGAUAUAGGAUUAAUAUGUUAUACUAAAGGACCAGGUAUAGGUUCAGCAUUAUAUGUAGCAUAUAAUAUAUCAAAAUUAUUUUCUUUGCUUUUUAAUAUAUCGGUUAUAGGGGUGAAUCAUUGUAUAGCUCAUAUAGAAAUGGGAAUAUUUAUUACAAAAUUAUACCAUCCAAUUAUUUUAUAUGUUAGUGGGAGCAACACACAAAUUAUAUAUUAUAAUAAUUAUAAAAAAAAAUAUGAAAUAAUAGGGGAAACUUUAGAUAUUGCUAUUGGAAAUGUUAUUGAUAGAUCUGCUCGAAUUUUAAAAAUUUCUAAUUCGCCAUCUCCUGGGUAUAAUGUAGAAUUAUGGGCUCGAAAAAAAAAACUAUUAAGAUUAUUACAAAAGAUUGAGGAAAAAGAACAAUUGGAAAUCUAUACAGAAAAAGAAAAACAAACUUUUAUUAAGCAUGACAAUGAACACUGCAAUGAAAAUUAUCAAAAUCAUAUUUACAAUAAUAAUGAUGAUGUUUUAGUUUCUAACACAAAAGAUGAUUCAUCAUUAAAAUUUAAUAAAAAAGAAAAUUAUUUACAAUCGUCAUAUUAUAAUGAACUAUUACAAUUUCCAUAUACUAUUAAAGGUAUGGAUAUAUCUUUUAGUGGUUAUGAUUUUUAUAUUAAUAAAUAUUUUUCAAAAUAUAUAAAUAAAAAUAGCAAAAAGGGUAAUCCACAAUAUAAGCAUAACAAGAAAAAAGGAACCAACAAAAUUAAUAAAGAUGAAGAUAAUAAAAAAAAACAAAAAAUAAAUGAAAAUAUUUCUCCAAAAAAUUAUAAUGAUCAAAAUUCAAAUAUUAUAAAUGAUGAUAAUCUAACCUUAGAAGAAGAUUUGUAUCAAGACUCCAAAAAUGAUUUUAAUAAACUUAUUCAAAACAAUGAAAAAAAUAAUAAUAAACAAACAAAAAUAAAUACAAAUCAUAUAUUACCCAAUUAUAGUUUUUUGCAUGGAAUGAAAGGAAGUUCUUAUUAUGAAGAUAAUAUUAUAUACAAAAAUGAAAACAAACAAAAUUAUGGUCAGAAUAAUGAAUAUUAUGAUGACAAUUGCUCAAUAGAAACGAGUUCAGAUUUUUAUGAAAAGGAUUUACAAGAACUUAUAUAUGAAGAGGCUGAAGCUAUCAAAUUAACUGAAGAAGAAAAAAGAAAAAUUCAAAUAUGCUAUAGUUUACAACAUCAUAUAUUUAGUAUGCUAAUUGAAAUAACCGAAAGAGCUAUUUCAUUUACAAAUAGUAAAGAAGUAAUUAUUGUAGGGGGGGUGGGAUGUAAUAUAUUUCUUCAAAACAUGAUGAAAAAAAUGGCAAAACAAAAAAAUAUAAAAAUCGGAUUUAUGGAUCAUAGUUAUUGUGUAGACAAUGGUGCUAUGAUUGCUUAUACUGGAUAUUUAGAAUAUUUAAAUUCAAAAAAUAAAAAUGAUUUUAAUUUCGAAAAUAUAUCUAUUCAUCAGCGAUAUCGAACAGAUGACGUUUUUGUUACGUGGCGAUAA